CUUUGGGAAAUGCAAAAUUAAGCUAACAGUUUGAUUUUUUAGAUUUAUUAGUGAAAUAUGCAUUUUGAUAAAACAGUUUUCUGAAAAGGAAUAAUAAAACUACACAUCUGACGCAGUUGUAUAUAAUAAAACUGCUUUAGAUUACACACAAGUUGAAAAUGCCGAUGGUAUACGCGAAAUCAGAUGUUAAAAGUGAGAAAAUGGCAAAAGAUCUUGAAAAGGUUAAGGAACGAAACAACGACCUGCUGCUAAGCAUUGCUCAGUUAUGCAAAAGGCCCAACCGCACCUACCCUGAAGUGGUGUUUCUUCUUGGAUUACCAGGGGCAGGAAAGAGCGCCAUAGUUAACACCAUUGUGAAGGCACUCUGUGGGAAGUUUUAUUCAAAGGCAGUCACGGGGAAAGGACAUGCUGUAUCCAAAACGCUUAUUCUCCAACGGUUGGUACGGUGUGGCUUACAGGCGAACGAAAUGGAGCCGAUUGAAAAAAAUAUUCUUAAAAAAGGCCUGAGUAAACUGCCAACUAUUAUAGACGCUGCAGGGACAGGAGAUGAAGAUUCAGAAAAAUUCAAAGAGAUUCUAAGGGUCUACUUUGGAGGUUUUGUCCCGUCUGGAACCUCGAUUCAGUUUGUAGAAAAUUUGCAAAAAGAACACGGUAUUGGAACAUUACAAUAUCUUUUGGAAAGUUCUGACGAAAAUAAAGUUACAAAAGUGGUGUUUGUGGCUAGUUGCAAACAAUCUUUUCCCGAAAAGCUGGUGGAAUGCCUUCACUCUGUUUUGCAAGAGUAUGAUGAUCGGAGUGGAAAGCCAAAAUACCCAGUUGAUGUCUUCGUCGUGAUAACAAAGUACGAUUUGGUCAAAGACCAACAUAUUUACGAAGCACGCGACAAAGAGGAAGACUAUAUUACCGAAGAAUGUUUCGAAAAGUUUGAAGCAGAGGUUGUCAAUAAUUUCAGUAUAGAAGGUUCAAAAGAAAACAACUGUAUCCGUUGGGUCAGUUACGUGGAUGGCCAUGGCUCCGACAAUCCACAUAUCGACAACAUUGCGCUCAGGUUUGUUGAAAAGAUGAUGCAACCAAGACGGGGUCAUGAUUACGGGAGACCGUCCAAGGAAGCAGCAGCAAACAUGCCUUUGGUUCCUAUGAGCAAGAUCCUAAAACUCAAAGCAAAGAAAAAGAUGGCAGAAUUCUUGGGUGUAGUGGAUAGAAAAUGUUUGUUUAUUUUUGCUCUUGUCGUCGGCCUUCUCGCGGUGUUUUACCAGUUGCUUACAAAAGGACUAUAGAAGAUAACCUUUUUCAUUUUCGCACAUAAAGAAGGCCAGCCAAAUAUGUUUUGGGCAAAAGUCCAAAGCACCUACUCCGACAUUGCUUUUAUUGAAUUAAACAUACGUUAAACUAGGAUAAUGUGACAAAACUGAUAAUCUCUAACACGUUCAUGUUGGGUAAAUUCUUAAAAUACAUUCUAUAAAAAAUACGAUAUAUCAUAUAUUCUAUAUUUAAAUAUAAGUAUUGCAUGCGCUUUGCUGUAACACCGUGAAUAAUCUUGUUUAAGACAGGUCAUUAUUUCAACUUGGAUUUUUAUCAAUGAUUUUAAUUAGAUGUUUAUUUCGUUUUUUUAUGUCAUGAAAAAGAGUUAUUUUAGUGAAACUAUUUUGAUUAUUUUGCAUAAUUUUACAACAAUUGAUUUGAUUUUUAUGUGUGAUGAUAUACUCACAUGUGACAUUAGAAAUAUACUGUAUAUAGUAUUGCUUGUAUUUUAGUUAUGCCAUUUUAAAAGAUAUAUAUUUCAUACUUUCUAUGUAGACUCUGUAUAUUGUUUCCAUAAUAUGUUUUUGGAAUGAUAACGAUGUUAAAUUUAAGCCUAAACUGAAAUCCUAUAUUGCUUUUGUUUGAAUAAAUAGAUGUU